CUGUGAGAACAAAACAACCACGUACUUCUAUAAAAUCAGCUCAAAAACAUGGUAGAAUUAAGAGUCCUAAAACAGUAGUAACUCCUGUAAAAGCUUCUCCAGAAGUUACAGAGAGUUUUGAAAAUAUAGAAUAUUAUAAUUAUGAUUUAAGAAUCUUUUUUAAAUAUAUUAAUUGUAAACAGUAUUUUUUAAAAUCUAAAUUGAAAAUCGAAGAAAAUAAUAAUGAUGAAAUAGAUGAAGAAACUGAUAGUGAAAAAAUUGAAU